AUGAGAUUGAUAACAGAUUAUGAGUACCGUACCGAUCACAACUUGUUUAUGCCUAGAACGUUAUUGCUGUUGUUGGAUAAUUGCAUUUACAGCAAAAUGAAGAUCUUCAUCGCACUUGCACUUCUGGCUGUUACCUCCGGGGCUUUCACACUGCCAGCGGCUCCACUACCCGCACCUCAAGAUGAUGACUCUCAAGUGCUAAAUGCUGACCCUAAUGCAGUGUUCGAAAACCCAAGCUUUCUACCACUAAUUAUAGAGCCAGCUUUCGCCAAAUUGCUCAAUGAAGUUGGUGAAGUUAACCCAGAGCAAAAUAACGCAUACAUCAAUGAGGCUCACGCUGCAGGCGUUGAACCCACUCUGUUUGUAGAUUCUCCAAUUGAACCAAGAGAACUCGCUGAUGUCGCUGACGCCGUACUUGUCGCUGACGCUCCUCUUGAAGAUGCAGAAUCUGCUGACGCUGUAGAUGCAGUGCUUUUCGUUGACGCACCUCUUGAAGAAGAUGCUAAGGUAGACAAUUUCGUAGACGAUGUACUUGUUGCCGACGCACCUCUUGAAGAAGAUGCCAAAUCAGUCGAUGCCUCAGACGCAGUUCCUUAUGUCGACGCUCCUCUUGAAGAAGAUGCCAAGGUUGACAAUUUCGUAGACGACGUACUUGUUGCCGACGCUCCUCUUGAAGAAGAUGACAAACCUGUUGAUAUAGCAGACGCAAUUCCUUUCGUCAACGCUCCUCUCGAAGAAGAUGAUGCAAAGGUUGACAAUUUUGUUGACCCUGUACUUGUUGCCGACGCUCCUCUUGAAGAAGAAGGCAAAUCUGCCGAUGUAGCAGAUGCCGUGCUCGUUGCGGACGCUCCUCUUGCGUAA